AUUAAUGGAAUUAAUAUAUGUUCAAUGUACAUAGUUUUAAAAUAAAAAAACUUUUCUGCUCGCACAAAAGUCAUUGUUCUACUGAGACAAUGUAAACCAUACGUUUCAAUUACAAUUACGAAUCUCUCCCGACAAAUGGCCGAGGUGAAAAUUGCUCCCGAGAUCGAGUCUGAAAAAACGUCAUUUAACUCAAUGCCAGGACAGUUACCGAUGUAUACAGGUCAAAAGAUUGACCAUUACAAAUGUCGAUAUCCUUACUCAAUCGUUUGGACGCCAAUUCCGUGUCUCACAUGGCUGUUCCCUUUCAUCGGUCACAUGGGCAUCUGUAUGACAUCUGGAGUCAUUCGUGAUUUUGCCGGCCCCUACUAUGUCUCAGAAGAUUGCAUGGCCUUCGGAACCCCAACAAAGUACUGGCAGCUGGAUAUCAGUAAAGUCAGAAAUGGGAAGGACAAUUGGGAUAAGGCCGUCCACGAAGCAUCGGAGGAAUACAAGGGCAGAAUGCACAAUCUUUGCUGUGACAACUGUCACUCCCACGUGGCGAUGGCGUUGAAUUUAAUGCGUUACAACGGAGGCUCAAGCUACAACAUGGUAUACCUAUGUUUUAUGAUGCUCAUACACGGAAAAUAUACCAGCGCCUGUGGCUUUGUGAAGACCUGGCUACCAUUUCUCAUCAUGGCCUCCAUCAUAGUAACCGUUGUUUUGGUGAUGCAUGUUGCUUAGCAACGAAAGUCACAAUAACCAGGAUAAGUUGUUUGGCUGUGAUAUAAUACAUCUUACUGUCAACUUUACUCAUAACUAAUUUCAGGUGACAGUGGAAAAUGAUUUGAUAAUUCUGAAAGUCAUUGUUCCCAUUUCGUAAGAGUAAUACAGUUGAUCUGGUCACAAAAGUUCCAAAUAGUCCAGAAUGAGUUGUUUGUGAAGUUGACUGUAGAAUCGUGUUGUUUUUAAUUAACCUGUAUUAUAAGUGUUGGGACGAUUAUCAACUCUGACAUUGAUUAAUAUUGAUUAUUUAUUGAUCUAGAGAUACUUCAACAUCAUCAACACAUGGUUUAAUGGGGUUGAUUAUAAAAUUUAUCAGGUCAGAGUGGCUGUUAUAUGUUAAGAAUAUGAUGUAAGUGUAUAUACUGAGAUUGUAUUAUGUUGUAAUUUUGUACCAAAUUGUAACUUCUAUAAUAGAUACAUGUAGUUGUAUAUAGUAUUUAAACUACAAAGAAGGAUCAGAAUAUCCAGUUGGCCCUUGAUUUUUAGCAGUUUCAGAAGUCAAAUAACCAUUUCUCAAAAAAUUGAAGGGUCAAAACAUAUGUCGAAUAGACAUGUUCCUUCAAACACAUGAGACAAAUUUCUGAUUUUUGAGAAUCAAAAACAUACUCUCAAGGGUCUACCUACUGGAUGCCCUGAGAAUACCCUUUAACUUACUCACACAGACAAUAGCAUGUUGAUCCCAUAAUGUGUCGAAUAUGACUUGAUAUAUAUAUAUAUAUAGCAUUAAACAGUAUUAAAAUUCAAUAAGCAGGACUUAAAAUAUUGCUUUUCUCAUACAGAAAAAUUAUUAAUUAUUAUUUGUAUCUAUAAUUCAUCAAUCACAUUCAACCAAUAAUUGUAAGAUGUUGACAAAAUUAUAUCUAACAGUAUUUAAUAUUAAAACAGCUUUAAAAUGCCGCAGGAUAACAAAACAUAUUUACAUACAUUGUAUAUUGUUUUUAAGAUAAUGAAAAUGAUUAAUUUUAAUUGAUAAUUAGUACAUCACAUCUAAAUUAUUUCCCCAUAACUGUGUGUUAUGUUCAGUUUAGAGGAUAAAAAUGUGAGAGAAAACCAGAGUACCCAGGAAAACCCCAAAUGGCCUUAGAAGUGACCCAUACAUCUUCAUGUCUUGGUGGAGAUCCAUACCCCAGCUGGCAGGUAAUAGGCCAGUACACUAUCCACUACUCCAAUUUAACCACAAAUAUCAAUUGCUUGGAAUGGAUAUUGAUCAUAAUUCAAUAUAUUAAAAGAUAAGUUAUAUAUUGGAAAUUUAAUAUAUUAACAGAAGUGAUAUAUUGGAAGUAAAAUGCAAAAGCCAAAAUUUGUCACAACAUAUCUUUCAAGGACAUAUAUGUAAUUAUCUACAACUUAAAUAGCUGUUAUUUCAGGUCUGAUUCGAUCAGAGUUAUUGGUGCCAUAAUUCCUCCUUUGUUACAAACGUUAUAUAGACCUAGAUUAGUAGCUGUUUUCUUACAUUUUCUAUAUAUUAUCAAGAGUUGGUAUAUUUACAUUUUAAUGUGUUAAAUGUCAUGUAUGACUAUUGUAGUCAAAUGAUCAUGGAUUUUGUCUUCGAUAUUAUAUGUGUAUUACAUAAUUAUAAAUCUUUGAGAAUUUUGCUGUGUUUUAUAUCAUGCAACAUUAUUGUUAUGUUUCUCAACUAUUUACUAUGAGACAACUGAACAAGGGGGAAAAAAAGUAGUACCGUAUUUGACCUAAUACUGUAAGUGCAUCCUGCACCUUAUAAUAAGCGCUACUGACGCUUUUUCAGGAAAAGAGGAUGGGAAUGCUAAUUGAUACAAAUAAAAAAUGUUGUUUUCUCACUGAUCUGACAAUAUAUAAAAUCUUCAGUCUUUUGACCAAAGACUCUAGGUUGUUUUUGGUACUUUUUACGACAUAAAAGUAUGUAAACAAAGAUAUUUGUCCCGCCUUUUCAAACAGAAUUUUUGUUGUAGGUGGUUUUAUUAAGCUCACAUCUCAUGUGCUUUUGAAAGUACAUUGUGAGCUUAAAAGGUCGAAUGCAAUAUGUAUAUAUGUAUAUAAAAUAUCAUUCGCUUUUUAUCCAUAAAAACUGUAACCUCAAAUGAAAUAAAAUCAAAAGUGCUUAAGAAAAAAAACCCAUUAAAGUUCAUUAAUUUACAUUUAUUAAAUGAUGACUGUUUUUGUUCUUGUAUAAGGUUUCAUGAUUUCAAUUUUAAAGUCAUCUUUUACAAGGUUUCAUAAUUAAUUUCAAAAUUUUAAUUUUUGAAACUGCUAGGCAUUGAUGCAAAUAAUACCAAGGGGAGGUAACUCUUGAAGUCUUAUGGUUCAAAAACAUAAUUGCUCGUCGGACGCAAGUAUAAUUGAAUGAUGUGUUCAUGUUUCUAUAAAAGACAAAGUCUGUGUAUUGAUGUUGUUGUUUGUAGAUAAUUAUAAUCGUGUACCAGAGGUACGGUUGGUUGAAAAACAAACAAAAUAACAAUAUUUUAAAGGAAUUAUUUUAAUAUGGAAUUAAGUCUUUAUUGGAAAACGAUCAACACCUCAUCUUUUUUUCUGCAAAGACUCCAAUCCUGAAUUUGUUAUUUAUGUAAUUGAAUCAAAU